CGUGUGUAGACCUUUGUUUCAGACUGCGCUCGCCGGCCAUCUGCCCUCCAUUCAGGAGUUGUAACGGCACUGCGUGCUUGUUUGGAGCGCUCCCUCUCUCUUUUUCUCUGUCUGUCUGUCUCUCUCUCUCUCUCUCUCUGGCUCGGAUAUCGGAAAUACAGCAAUAUGGCCCCUACCUCCCGCAAUGCCAAGAGUGAGGAUGACUAUUAUGGGAUCAAAGGAGACAGAAAGACAAGAAAGCCCUUGGUGGAGAAAAAGAGGCGCGCCCGCAUUAAUGAAAGUUUACAGGAGCUGCGCGUGCUACUAACCGACUCGGACGCGCAGACAAAGAUGGAGAACGCUGAAGUCCUGGAAAUGACCGUGAAGCACGUGGAAAGUAUUCUUCAAAACAGAGCGAAAGCAUCUGACAGCAUGAAUCGUGAGGCGAGUGAGCGCUUCGCCGCUGGUUAUAUCCAGUGCAUGCAUGAGGUGCACACGUUCGUCUCCAGCUGUCCCGGCAUCGACGCAACCAUCGCGGCGGACCUGCUUAACCAUCUGCUCGAGUGUAUGCCUCUGAACGACGAAGAUCGCUUCCAGGAUCUGCUUUCUGAUUUGAUGGGAGACUGUGGGAACGCUGGGACUUGGCCAGGCGACGGGAUGUACGCCGUGCUGUCACCACCCGAAGGACGUGCCACCGGUAGACCUUCAGCUCUCUCACCGUCUCCGUCCAACACAUCAAGCGAUGACCUGUGCUCGGACAUCGACGAGACCGACACCGAGCACAGUCACGUGGACAGCCGGGACGCUCAGGAUAAUAUACCCACUGUGUUCUACUCUAAACCUGUAUGGAGGCCCUGGUAGACCUGGACAGAUGCCUUAAACAUAGCAGUGAGAUGUAUGCAACAGAACCUGUGUAGCUGUUAGUGCGCAAGUUAUUAUGUAGUUCAGAAAGACUGGACAUGAGAAGUGUCUGUAGCAGUUCUGAAAAGCUCUUCAUGGUGAAACAGCCGAGUAUCAACCUAACAACACUGCAACAUCAGCAUAUUUGUAGCGUAUUUAAAAUGUUUUUGUAUAAGCUAAAUUAAGACAACACUGUCCUGAUGAGUAUUUCUAGGAAGUGAUUAUAUGUAUCUUAUUAUUGUAGACAGAAAUGUAAAUAUUUCAUUGUUGCUGUAGAUAUAUUGAUGACUUAUGCAUUUUCUUCAUUAAAAAACAACAUAAACACUCA